AUGGUCGACUUCAUCGGGUCCUCGCCGCUGCCGUGCGUGCUCAACAACCAGCCGUUCAAGACGGCAAAGACGUACCCCGUCUACCGCGCCGACCUGCCCGCGGGCCAGUCCGAGGUGCUGCACGAGGUGCACUGCUGCUCGCCCGACGAGGCCGUCAAGGUCGUCGACUCGGCGCACGCCGCGUUUGCCAAGUGGAAGGCGACGCCCGUCGGCGCGCGCCGCGACAUCCUCAACAAGGCGGCCCAGCUGCUCUCGGAGCGCAUCCCGCAGUACGUGGCGCUGACGGUGCAGGAGACGUGCAUCCCCAAGGGCAUGGCCGGCUUCGAGCUCGCCGUGCUCGCCAUCGCCCACCUCAAGGAGGCGGCCGCGCUCAUGUCGACCGCGCUCCAGGCCACGGUGCUGCCCGACGCCGGCGACGGCUCGCGCAAGUACAUCUUCCGCGAGCCCUACGGCGUCGUCCUCGGCAUCACGCCCUGGAACGCCCCCGUCGUCCUCGCCCUCCGCUCCGUCCUGUGGGCCAUCGCCGCCGGAAACACGGCCGUCAUGAAGACGUCCGAGUUCUCCCCGCGCUGCGGCCUCAUGGUCGCCCAGACCCUCAUCGACGCUGGCCUGCCCGAGGGCGUGCUGUCCAUCAUCCACGUCGACCCCAAGGACGCCCCCGAGGUCACCGAGGCCAUCAUCGCCCACCCCGCCGUGCGCAAGGUCAACUUCACCGGCUCCACCCGCGUCGGCCGCAUCAUUGCCCAGACGGCCGCCAAGCACAUCAAGCCCGUCGUCCUCGAGCUCGGCGGCAAGGCGCCCAUGCUCGUCCUCGACGACGCCGACCUCGACCUUGUCGCCAACCACAUCCUCUUUGGCGGUUUCCUCAACACCAACCAGAUCUGCAUGUCGGUCAACAACAUCCUCGUCCCCAGGCACCUCGAGGCCCAGCUCCAGCGAAAGGUCGCAAAGCUCAUGGCCGACAACAAGGAGAUCUUCACCGCCAAGCCAGAGCAGAACCUCCAGAGCCCGCACGCCCUCCGCAACCUCUUCAACCCGGCCUCGGGCGAGCGCCUAAAGGGCCUCUACGACGACGCCAUCUCCCACGGAGCCAAGGUCGUCGCCGGCCAGCCCGCCUUUGACGGCGCCCUCGUCCAGCCCGUCGUCCUCGGCGAGGUCGACACGUCGAUGCGCAUCUUCCGCGAGGAGACCUUUGGCCCGGUCCUCUCCAUGAUCCCCUACGACUCGCUCGACGACGCCCUCGCCCUCGCCAACGGCACCGACAUGGGCCUCGCCGCCGCCGUCUACGGCAAGGACCAGGCGCGCGCAUUCGACGUCGCCAAACAGAUCGACGCCGGACAGGUGCACGUCAACCAGCAUUCGGUCCAUGACUCGCCCGAUAUGCCCCAUGGCGGAUGGAAAGAGAGCGGAUACGGACGUCUCGGCGGCGGUGUCGACGGUCUGCGCGAGUUUACGCAGAUCAAGGGCAUCACCGUCCAGGCGGGACAGCCUCUGCCCUUCGGAAUGAUGUAG